AUGAGGGGAAGCUUCAUGGACCGGGACCGAGGCGGCAUGGGUGGCCCCAGGUUUCCAAAGUUCGGUAACCCGGGUGAACGUCUUCGCAAAAAAAGAUGGGAUUUAAAUGAACUUCCAAAAUUUGAGAAAAACUUCUACCAAGAACACCCAGAAGUAGCACGUAUGACAAUACAUGAUGUAGACGAACUGCGCAGGAAGAAAGAAAUUACUGUCAGAGGUGUAAAUUGUCCAAAACCUAUAUAUGAUUUCCAUCAGGCUAAUUUUCCUCAGUAUGUUAUGGAUGUGCUCCUUGACCAGCGUUUCAAAGAACCCACACCUAUUCAGUGCCAAGGAUUUCCCCUUGCCUUGAGUGGCCGAGACCUGGUGGGCAUUGCCCAGACUGGUUCUGGCAAAACACUUGCGUAUUUGCUGCCCGCUAUGGUACACAUUAACCACCAGCCUUAUCUGGAGCGUGGGGAUGGACCAAUUUGUUUAGUUCUCGCUCCAACCAGAGAGUUGGCUCAGCAAGUGCAGCAAGUAGCUGAUGAUUAUGGAAAGUCAUCCCGUUUAAAAAGCACAUGUAUAUAUGGUGGAGCUCCCAAGGGUCCACAGAUAAGAGAUCUGGAAAGAGGUGUUGAAAUAUGCAUUGCCACUCCAGGUCGGCUUAUUGAUUUUCUGGAGGCUGGGAAGACUAAUUUGAGACGUUGUACCUAUCUUGUACUUGAUGAAGCAGACAGAAUGCUUGAUAUGGGUUUUGAACCACAGAUUCGCAAGAUUGUUGACCAAAUUAGGCCUGAUAGGCAGACUCUGAUGUGGAGUGCAACAUGGCCCAAAGAGGUGCGUCAACUGGCUGAGGAUUUCUUAAGGGACUACGUCCAGAUCAAUGUGGGAAACUUGGAGCUCUCUGCAAAUCAUAAUAUUCUCCAGAUUGUUGAUGUAUGCCAGGAAAGUGAAAAAGAUCACAAGCUUAUCCAACUUAUGGAAGAGAUAAUGGCAGAGAAAGAAAAUAAAACUAUUAUUUUUGUUGAAACCAAACGCCGGUGUGAUGACUUAACACGCAGAAUGAGACGUGAUGGGUGGCCUGCUAUGUGUAUUCAUGGUGAUAAGAGUCAACAGGAGCGUGAUUGGGUCCUGAAUGAAUUUCGCACUGGAAAAGCCCCAAUUUUAAUUGCCACAGAUGUUGCUUCUCGAGGUCUAGAUGUGGAAGAUGUCAAGUUCGUCAUUAACUAUGAUUACCCAAAUAGCUCAGAAGAUUAUGUGCACCGAAUUGGACGUACAGCUCGUAGUACAAAUAAGGGUACAGCUUACACCUUUUUCACCCCUGGGAACUUGAAGCAAGCUCGUGAGUUGGUCAAAGUAUUACAGGAAGCUAACCAAACUAUAAAUCCUAAGCUUAUGCAACUGGUGGAUCAUGGCCGUGGAGGUGGAGGAGUAGGUGGCCGCUCUAGGUACCGCACUAUUCCCACUAAUAACAACCCAAACAUGAUGUACCAAGAAGAAUGCGAGAGAAGAAUGCGUGGCAAAGAAAUGGGCAGACGUGAUAUGCGGAACAACAGAGAUGUUGGACUUUCUAGCAAUGGGACUGGAAGGGACCAAGGUCGGCAGGGAUAUGGCUAUGGAGGGCAGAAUACAAACUUUCAACCUACCCAGUAUGGCUACGGGCAGGGCGCUUUUACAGCAGGGGCACCGGGCAGCUAUGGUGCUACAGCAUACGGUCAAGCACCACAGCCGCUGAUGUCCCAGCAGUUCGCCCCGCCCGGGGCCUCUUUACUGAACUACAUGAAUCAAGCAGCCAGUUAUCAGUACCCACCCCCUCCCCCACCUCCACCUCCUCCCUCUCGAAAGUGA